GCUUUUCAUUUGUCAUUACUGUUGCUAUGAAAAUCUUAAAUUGUACGCUAAUAACGUUCUGAAAAUAGACACUACUUAGACUUUUACUUUAUCGUACAAUAAUAUAUUUUUUAAAAAUAGCGUGUUUGCCUUAUUAAACCACUAAUACCGACACUAAUGAUACUAAUCAAGUAAAAAAAAUUGAUUUUAAUGAUUAAAAGUAGACACAGGCUGGACCAUCUUACACACGACACGACCAAUGCUCAAGCCCGAUCAUGAUACACAAAUUUUCGUGUCUCAUAUAUACCACAUUUAUGGUUUCGAAAAAUGGUUUGGCCUAACAAAUGGCAUAUAGGCUCAACAAAUCAAACACUCUAUUUUCCAAAAAAAAAAAAAUUUAAAUACAAAUGGUAGUUCGGUCAAGCCUGAGCAAUUAUAGUGCCCUGAUUCCAUGCUAGUUAUUAUUUUUAUCCUGACACAACAUGGUUUGUCCUUUAUUAGACCCGCUCAAACACAAUCUACAACGGUUCAAGCACGAUUCAUGUCCAUCUGUAGUUCUGUACUAAUAAUAAAUCUAAUCAUUAAUCAAUAUAUAUUAUUCUCCUUUAUUCACCUAACAAUAUUUACUCUCCUCUUCCAUUUAUUUAACUAUCAACAUAUGCUCCUAUAGAUAGUAAUUCUUAAUGUCAAUAUUCUCCAAUUCUAUUAUCCUUUCCAUAUUAUUACAUUAUUAACUACAUAAUCUCUUAGUUGUACUUUGCCUGUUGUUAGGCCCCACAGUGGACUAUAAGAGAUUAGUUACAAAGAACAAAGACCCUAUUCAUUUUAAUCAUUGGAUAUUAUUUUUUUAUUUAUAUAAUAAAUAAACUAGUAUUCUCAAAUCUACAACAUUCCAUUCACCAUAAAAUUUGUAUAAAUAUAUCCCAUAAAGUCUUUUUUUGUCAUUAACCCUUUUUUUUCUUCCAAUUAGUUCUUCCUUGGCAUACCACAUACCCAACAAAAAAAAAAAAAGAUGGGGGCUUUUCUUGAUGGAGAAUGGGAAUCCAUAAGUAAACUCUUUACAGUUGAAGAGUCCCCUAAUCUUUAUGCUGAUUUUUUGGAAUAUUAUUCACCAGAAAGUGAGCAAGAUGAAAAUAAUCCUGCUAAUUCUUUUUCUAAAGAUAUAUUGUUCCAAGAAAAUAAAAAUUAUCCUAAUAAUAAUAGUAAUAAUAAUGAUUGUUUUCUUCCUGAUAUAUUAUCUUGCAUUGAUUUCUCUAAUUUAAAUGGAGAAAUUGAUGCCUCAUUAGGCCUUUCAUUUCCACAAAAUAAUGAUUUUCAUAAUAUUAAUAACAAUAAUGACAAUAGUAACGAUAAUAAUUCUAUGAAUGUGUUAUUAUCCAAUGUCAUUAAGUCGGCUUCAAAAAGAAAGCGCGAUUUAAGAGUUGUUGAAGAUGAUCAAGAAGAGAUGAAUAUGAUGGAAAAACCUUCUAAAAAGAAUGCUAGAGUUUCCCAAAAUGGUUUGAAGGGGAAAAGGAAGGCAAAUCAGAAAAGUGAGGAAGACAUGAAAGCAAAUGUGUAUAUAAAAGAGAGUAAUGAAAUUGCAGAUUCAAACUCAGAUGAUUCAAAUGCUGGUUGUGUUUCUGAAGAAAUGAAUGAAAAUGCAGAUUCUAAUUCUAACACAACACUUUCUCUUACCUCUACUGGUAAGAAAAGAGCUAGCAGAGGCGCUGCAACUGAUCCUCAAAGCCUCUAUGCAAGGAAGAGAAGAAUGAGAAUUAAUGAGAGAUUAAGAAUCUUACAGAGCCUUGUACCUAAUGGAACUAAGGUGGAUAUUAGUACAAUGCUUGAAGAGGCAUUUCAUUAUGUCAAGUUUUUGCAGCUUCAAAUCAGGCUAUUGAGCUCAGAUGAUCUAUGGAUGUAUGCUCCUCUUGCUUACAAUGGACUUGAUGUUGGAGCUUAUAGAAGAAUGUCUCCUUUCAUUGAUCAUCUCUAAUAUCAGCCGUUCAAUUUUUUCUUCAUAAUUAAUUAAUUAAUAUUAAUAGAUAAUUAAUGGAGGAUGAGGAAAGAACGUGAGAUUGAAAGAUACCGAAUCUUAUAAGCUAUGAAGAUAAUUAAAGGGUUAAUUAGAUUAAUGCCUAAUAAUUAACAAAAGGCACCUAAUUAAUUAAAUUGUAACACAUAGUUGAAGGAUAUUAUUCCUUCAUGUGUGCUCUUGUAUACUUCUAUAUUCCAUAUGUACUUUAAU